CACGCACGGAGCAAGCGCCCACCGGCUUUGGGGUCCCCUCUUCCGAAGCCACGACCCGACCCGCGCACCAAACAGCGCAUGGAGCAUGGUUUGGGGUUUGGAAAUGGGCCCAGGGGCCGGGAAGGAGGACUACAGAGCCCCUGACUUGAAGAGGUGGAGAAAAUGAGGGACACCAAGCCCAUGCAGGAGCUGAAGAUGUCGGGGGCCAUCGCAUCCUAUGACCAGCUGGUGAGGCAAGUGGAGGCCCUGAAGAAGGAGAACACUCACCUUCGGCGGGAGCUGGAGGACAACUCCAGCCACCUCUCGAAGCUGGAAAAUGAGACCUCAGAUAUGAAGGAAGUUCUGAAGCACCUGCAGGGCAGACUGGAACAGGAAGCCAAAGUGAUGGUCUCGUCGGGCCAGAUGGAGGUCCUGGAUCAGCUGAAAGCUCUCCAGAUGGACAUCACCAGCUUAUACAACCUGAAGUUCCACCCUCCGGCCCUCCUCCCAGAGCCGGUCUGCCAGUUGCCCACCCCGGAGGACAGCCCGGCCCGUUCGUCCAGCCUCCAGAGGAAGGACAGCCUGGGGGACCUGAGCCACGCCACCCUCCGGCUCUUAGAGGAGCUCGACCGGGAGAGGUGUUUCCUGCUGGGGGAGAUUGAGAAGGAGGAGAAAGAGAAGCUCUGGUAUUACACCCAACUGCAGAGCCUCUCUAAGCGCCUGGACGAGCUCCCACAUGUGGAGACGUUCUCCAUGCAGAUGGACCUGAUCCGUCAGCAGUUGGAAUUCGAAGCCCAGCAUAUCCGGACACUCAUGGAAGAGCGUUUUGGGACGACCGACGAGAUGGUGCAGAGAGCCCAGAUCCGGGCAUCACGGCUAGAUCAAAUCGACAAAGAGCUGAUGGAAGCCCAGGACAAAGUUCAACAGGGAGAGACACCGCUCUGCGGGAAGCCGGCUUGCCCCGACGGGGACGAGGGCCUUGAGGUCCCGACUCAUCCCGAAGAAGCAGAGAAUGGCCCGGGGAACAGCAAGGCGGAGGUGGUCUUCUGGCUCCUCUCCAUGCUGGCCACUCGGGACAAAGAGGACAUGUCGCGCACCUUGCUGGCCAUGUCCAGCUCCCAGGAGAGCUGCCUGGCCAUGCGGAAGUCGGGCUGCCUCCCACUCCUCCUCCAGAUCCUCCACGAUGCUGACCGGGAGCCGGGCGCUCCAGAGAGCCCCCAGGGAGGCGGCGCCACCGGGAAGGACUGCCGGAUGCGGGCCAACGCUGCCCUGCACAACAUUGUCUUCUCCCAGCCAGACGAAGGGCAAGCCAAGAAGGAGAUGAGGGUGCUCCACGUCCUGGAGCAAAUCCGUUCCUACUCAGAGACCUGCUGGGAUUGGCUCAACGUGCCGAACAAGGAAGGGGCCCAGAACACCCUUGAAGGAGGAGCAGGCCCCGUCCCCAUCGAGCCCCAGAUUUGCCAGGCCACCUGCGCCAUCAUGAAGCUGUCAUUUGACGAGGAGUAUCGGCGCGCCAUGAACGAGCUGGGCGGCCUGCAGGCCAUUGCCGAGCUGCUUCAGGUGGACUACGAGAUGCACAAAAUGACCAGUGACCCCCUCAACCUGGCCCUGAGGCGAUACACCGGCAUGGCGCUCACCAACCUCACCUUCGGAGACGUGGUCAACAAGGCCACCCUGUGUGCCCGCCAGCGAUGCAUGCAGGCCAUCGUGGCGCAGCUGGCGUCAGGCAACGAGGAACUUCAUCAGGUAGUCUCCAGCAUCCUGCGCAACCUCUCCUGGCGAGCUGACAUGAACAGCAAGAAGGUCCUCCGGGAGGUGGGCAGCGUGGCCGCGCUCAUGCAGUGCGCCUUACGAGCCAGCAAGGAAUCCACCCUGAAGAGCGUGCUGAGCGCCCUGUGGAACCUGUCGGCUCACAGCACCGACAACAAGGCCGCCAUCUGCGGGGUGGACGGAGGCCUCGCCUUCCUGGUGGGCACCCUCACCUACAAAUGCCAGAGCAAUUCACUGGCCAUCAUCGAGAGCGGCGGAGGAAUCCUGAGGAACGUCUCCAGCCUCGUGGCCACCCGGGAGGACUACCGGCAAAUCCUGAGGGACCACAACUGCCUCCAGACCCUCCUGCAGCACCUCAAGUCCCACAGCCUCACCAUUGUCAGCAACGCCUGCGGCACCCUCUGGAACCUCUCCGCCCGCAGCCCCAAAGACCAGGAGCUGCUCUGGGACUUGGGGGCCGUCAGCAUGCUCCGGAACCUGGUCCACUCCAAGCACAAGAUGAUCGCCAUGGGGAGCGCCGCAGCUCUCCGGAACCUGCUGGCCAACCGGCCGCUCAAGUACAAAGAUGCUACGGUGAUCUCCCCAGGCUCCUGCACACCCUCCCUGUACAUGAGGAAGCAGAAGGCACUGGAGGCCGAGCUGGACGCCAAGCACUUGGCCGAAACCUUCGACACAAUAGAGAAGCAGACGCUCAAGAGCCAGGGGGCCAAGAAGCCCCUGAGGCACGUGGAAAACCUGGUCAAGGACUACGCUUCCGACUCGGGUUGCUUCGACGACGACGAGGUGCCCAAUGUCGCUGGCGGCGCUGAGACCGGGAACGCCUCGGUCCUCUCCAUGUUCCUCCACUCCUCCUUCCUUCAAGGCCAGGCUUUGCCCCGAGCCGCCGGCCCAAGGAGAGGGCCGGAGCCCGAGAAGGACGAGAGUGGGAAGCCACCGGAAGCCAAGAAGGUCCCCCCGCUCCUGUUGCCCGCGGACAACGAUGUCUCCCUGGCGGCCGAGAAGCUGGCCAACAAGAUUUCCACCGCGGUCGCCAAGAUCGACAAGCUGGUGGAGGACAUCUCCGUUCUCCACACCUCCUCGGACGACAGCUUCAGCCUCAGCUCCGAGGACCACGGACUGGACUGGCAGUACGGCUCGGAGGGGGUUCGGGAGGCCCGCGCGCAGUCCUGCUCCCCGUGCCGGCUCUCCGAUGCCGGUGGGUUCGCCAAGCGGGAGGGCCUGAGCCGGGCUCACACCCUCUUGAGGCUGAAAACAGCCUACACCAGUUUGUCCAACGACAGCCUCAACAGCGGCAGCACCAGCGACGGCUACUGCCCGAAGGAGCACAUGAGGCCCUGUCCCCGGACCACCUUCGUGGACUUCAAGGACGAGCUUCAUCGCUACCAGAGGCGCCCCAGCCGCCUCGACCUGAAGAACAUUCUGACCCACCGGCCGGAGAAGGGAGAGACGCCUGGAAGGAAGCCUCAAGAUCACACCGGUGGGGUGGAGAAACCGGAACCUCUGGAGAAGGUCAAGAAGACCAGCGGCGACGUUGCCGAGAAGGAGGACGAACCGAAGAGUCAAGAUCUGAAGAGGGAGCUGGACCCUGAGCCCGGCAUCCACACCAUUAAACUCUCCCCAUCCUAUCAGCAUGUUCCUCUUGUGCAGAAUACAGACAACGCCAACCCAGCCGCUGAGACGGUGGGCUUCUUAGGAGCCGGUUCUUAUCCCCCAACGGCGUCGGCACCGACGACAGAUCGUCUGAGCAAGAUUCUUGAGAAGCUGCCACUCGCCACGGCCGGAGGAGGAGAACCGGAGCGCCUGCGGAAAUACACGGCGGAGGAUCCCCCGGCCUGUUUCUCUCGAUGCAGCUCGCUCUCCUCGCUCUCCUUGGCCGACCACGUCUUGGAUGGGCAGAGCCACAGCGAGAACGAGAUGGACAGUGAUUCUUCCUUGGAGAUUAUCGAGGUGGAAGAAGUGGAAGGUGGAGCGCCCAAGGAGGAGGAAGACAGGAGGGUGCCGAUGGAGGUGGAGACUCUGCCAGCCGUCUCUCGCCCCAUCACCAUUCCUUUGUCCAAGAAGGAGAAAAUGUUCCUUCGGGGAGCUUCGCCUUCCCGCCAUGAAGACCUCACCCCUUCCAGCUCCUCGGAGAACUACAUCCAGGAGACCCCCUUAGUGAUGAGCCGCUGCAGUUCGGUCAGUUCCCUGGGCAGUUUUGAGAGCCCGUCCAUCGCCAGCUCAAUCCAGAGCGAGCCCUGCAGUGAGAUGAUCAGCGGGACUGUCAGCCCCAGCGAGUUGCCGGACAGCCCCGGGCAAACCAUGCCCCCAAGCCGGAGCAAAACACCACUCUUCGAACCGAGCGGGCCGCCGGAGAAGGAGGCCAGCCAGUUCAACAUCCAGUGGGAGAACAAUGUCAAGAAAUUCAUGGAGAUCGCGGACUUCAAGGAGCGCUUCCAGAUGCCGCAGGACCUGGACUCCAUGGUCUACUUCACCGUGGAGAAGCCCAACGAAAACUUUUCGUGUGCCUCCAGCUUGAGCGCCUUACCCCUCCACGAACACUACGUGCAGAAGGAUGUGGAGCUGAAAUUGAUGCCCCCGUUUCCUGAGAGAAGCGGUCUGAGCUUCAUGGCCCAUGAGAAACGAGAGGAGGAGAGGAUGGCGGAAAGCCAGAGGAAGCCGGAGAGGAUCGAAUUGACCUCCGAUGAAGACCUUGAGAUCUUGAAGGAGUGCAUCAACUCAGCCAUGCCUUCGCGCUUCCAGAAGGUCCAUACGACUUUAGUCUCUAGCCUUUCGGGCCAGGGGUUGAAUCCUCCAUACAAGAAACAAAGGCACCUUCCUAUCUACAUGCUGGUGCCCGCCGGGUCCCACCUGGGUAUCCCCAAGCAUAGACGAGCAGUGGUUUCCAGACCAGCCAAGGACUACGCUGGCGAUGAGGACUCCUUCACCGAUUCAGCAGAAGGAACGCCGGUCAACUUCUCAAGCGCCACUUCCUUGAGUGACGAGACCCUUCAGUACCCGACGAAGGAGGAAGGGGAGUCGAGGCGUUGCUCGGGGAAGACCCGCAGGAGGGAAGCCGCGGGGCCAAGAGGAGGAGGAGGAGGGCUCAAGAUGGAGGCUGUGAUGCCCCGCGAGCGGGGCGGACGGAUCACCUCCAGCCAUUCCACGCCCACUAAGAUGGUCUCCUCCUACAAGCACCGAUCCGGGUCGAACAGCGCCAGCCCACUCCGGGUGGGAAGGGCUCAAUCCGCUGAGGCCAAGCGUGGCCACGUUCCCCUCAAGAACCUGGAGCUGAACCUCACGAGGCAAGGCAGCUGGAGAGCUUGUUCGGAAGGAAGCCGUCCUAGGAAGGAGAGCCUUCCGGAGAACGGCAGCCACGACGCCGAACGGGUCUUCCGGUCGCUGUGCCACACCACGCCGACGGAGGAGGCUGUGUUUUGCUUCUACGAGGACUCGGACGGCCUCGGGGAGAGGAGUAGGAAGGACUCGCCCAAGAGAAAGGCCAGCGACCCUGGAAAAGGCUUGAAGAAAGAAGGUUGGGCGGCCAAGAAGGAGCUUCCGCUAAACGCCAAACCGACGCUUCCGGCUAAAAUCAAGAUGGCGCCCAAGCUACGCAGCAAUCUCAUUGCGGAUGAGACGCCGCCCUGCUAUUCUCUCAGCUCCUCCCUGAGUUCUUUAAGCGACCUGGAAUUCUACACAGCCGAGGAGAGGGCACAGCUGUACGGAGGCCGGGCCAGCCGCCCGUCAGGGUUAAGCCGUAGGAACGAGUCGAGGGCCCCGCCGCCGAAAGCCAGAGACAGCUCUGCCAGUUCCCUCAGUUACAACUCGGAUGACGACCGGACGCCGAAGGGUGCAGGCCCAGCUGUGCCCAGGAGGAGACGCCAGGCGACGAAACGGAGGUACGCCGAGAAAGAUGGGAAGGGGCUAAAAUUUAAGGAGUGGAAAGCCAAGGCGGUGCCGGAUGACAGGGCUUCGGAAGCGGGUUCGGAUCUGGACAGCGUGGAGUGGAAAGCCAUCCAGGAAGGGGCGAACUCGAUCGUCACGUGGCUGCACCAGGCCGCCUUGGCAUUCGGCCGAGAGCCGUCGUCUGAAUCCGACUCCAUCCUCUCCUUCGUGUCUGGCCUCUCGGCAAGCUCCACUUUGCAGCUGUCCCUGGAAAGGUCGGAGAAGAAGAGAGAAAAGAAGGGUGCCAUGGGGAAGAAGGAGCGGACGAAGGCUUUCCAAGACAGCAAGAAGGGGGUUGAAAGCGGGCCUGGCAGGAAUAACAGACCAGAGAAGGUCCUCAGCCAGCAGAAGCCACCAACCAACCUACCGGUGGUCUUCCGCGGCCGAACCGUGAUCUACAUGCCCAGCGUAGCAAAAGAGUCACAGUCUAAAAGCCAAACAUCAACCCCAAAGAAGGCAGGGACCGCCACGAAGCCGGACGCUGCCGCCAAGAAUCCGAACCUGAACCAAGCGAGGUCACGCAGCCUCCAUCGGCCCGGGAAGAUCUCCGAACUGGCGGACCUCACCUUGCCCAAGAGGAGUGCAACACCGCCUGCCCGGAUCACCAAAGCUCCGUCUUCUGGGUCGUCCAGAACCUCCACCCCAUCCCAGCCCAACCAGAGGAAGCUGGUGUCUCCAUCACAGCUGCCCCCCAGCCGGCAGGUGCCACCCGCUCGCGAAGCCAGCAAGCCGGGUGGCAACACCACCCCUCCCAGCCCGAACCCCAAACCAGUUCAGAAAUCACCCUUGUCCAAGCAACACAAGACUCAGAAGUCCCCCGUCCGCAUCCCCUUCAUGCAGAAGCCUGCCAAGAAGACCUUGCUCAUGAGGAACCCCAUGCCCGUGCUGGAGGAGCAGGUGGGCAGAGGGAGCAGCGCGAAAAACCAGCCGAGGCCCAAGACCGGCGGGAGAGCCGUCCUCCCAACGAGCCGCCUGAACCUGGUCCGCAUGCCUUCGGCCAGAUCUGUCGGCGGCGACUCCGACCGCUCUGGCUUCUUGCGCCAACUGACCUUCAUCAAGGAGUCGUCCAGCCUUCUCAUGAGGCACCGGGCUGAGCUCUCCUCCUCUUCCUCAGAGCCCAGGCCCACGCUUUCUCAGGGGCCCUCACCUCAGAGAGGCCGGACCGGCCUGCCUGCGGUCUUCCUCUGCUCUUCGAGGUGCAAGGACCUCAAAGCCGACAAGCAGAUGGAUCCGGGCCCUCGGCCGUCCGUCUCCAAAGUGCCCAGCCCUGGUCCGAGAGCCCCAGUCGGCGGUAGACCCCCGAGACGAACCAGUUCGGAGAGCCCCUCCAGACUCCCCAUCAAAACCAGCCACACUCCGCCGGAACCUUUCAAGCGCUAUUCGUCCUCUCCUCAAAUCAACAUCAUCAAGCGGGCAGCCAGCCCGGCUUCCUCGGCUCCUCCGUGUUGCCCCGAGUCAUGCAGUGGCCGGAAGAAAAGCGAGGAGGCUUUGAAAUUCCCGGCAGUUCCUCCUACGGAAGAGUCCGAGAAGCCGCUGGAUGACCAUCAGCAGCAAACGAUGCUGAAGGGGACGUGGAAACGGAUUCGGGACGAGGACAUCCCACACAUCCUAAAAAGCACCCUUCCCUCCACGGCUCUGCCGCUGGUGAGCAUCUUGAAGGAGGAGGAAGACCAGCCGGUCCAAAGCGCCCUCGAACGGAAGACCAGUGAUGCUGUGGUCCAAACGGAGGAUUUCCCAACCACAAAGACCAACUCCAGCACAUCUCCGACUCUGGAGAGGCCCGCCGUGCUGGCCAAAGUCUCGUUGGGCUGCGGGGCCGGGGACGCCGACGGCCGCAGUCCAGGCAAAGUCUCGGCUGUGCCCAUUUCCUUUACUCACGAGGGGCCCGCCGCUCCCCUCGGGACUUUCCCACCCAUCAGGCACAGCUCUCCAAGCCGGGCUGCCCGGGUGACCCCAUUCAACUACACCCCAAGCCCCAUGGUGGAAGCCGCACUCAGCGAGAAACAGACGGAAAAGGUCCACGUCUGACCCGCUCGCCCAGGUUGGCCUCCGGCGGCGAGCCACCUUCACUGCUGCACCUCGGUCCAAAUAUCAGAAGCUUGUGUCCAUUUCGUGUUGUUGUUUUUUUCAAUUAUGUUCUUUCCACCUCCUCUUUUUAUAAUGAGCCACGGAGAAACCAGGGGGCUGUUUCUUAGCAACACAAGACUUGUUGGAGCAGUUUCUUAUGAAACAGACAGAAGAGAACUCUGGUGGCUGAUAUUUACUCUCCUUCCUUCCUUCCUCUUAUCCAUCGUCAGUUCCUUCCUUCCUUCCUUUGCAAAUGGCAUUUUGGAACCUUUUUAUCCCCACAGGGGCUGCGCUGAACACACAUGGAUCCAGAACCUUUUCAGAUGCACAGCGUCAAUCCCUCCGUGAUGGUGCUACAAGCAACUCUUGAGGAUCCUUCAGAAUGAGGCAGGAGCCGCCCUCCAGGCCCACUUAAAACGCUUCCAACGGAUGGGUAAGAAAACUAGAAGUCCGCAAGGCAGAAUCCUUCUGUCGGCUUGGUCGACGUUACUUUUUCCAGACGGAGCCUCUUUUCACCAACAGAAGGGGUUGAGCGAUUUCUUUGCUCCGUUCUUGCUUCCUAUUGCUAGCCAAGGUGGGACAUGAACUCCGUUUUUGAUGUGGAAGCUUCUCCGGUCUUGUACCUGCGCUGUCUCCCUGACAGAGAUGUGCUUGUGAGUGCAACACACAAACACACACAUACACACGCACACACACACAAGUCCCCAGCUUCCGCCAAAGACCUGCUCUUAUUUUCAGCAGCGGAAAAGGCAGCCAGUCCUUGAUGCUUCAGACGAUACAUGUUGGGGCUCUUCCAGAAAAGUUCUACCCCACUUUCUCCGGGUUGAUGCUGGUUGGAAAGGGAGCACAUGAGAGGGACCACGAUUCACAUCCAAACUUCACUUUAGGAAGCCACUUCUUCCAACUGCCCUGCUCCCUUGAAUCAAGAACUGCUCCUUGGUUUCAGUAUCUGACUUUGGAGCGAAAGGCUGGGAGUUCGAAUCCCCUGCUGGGCCUCCUUGACAGAGACGGGACUUGAUGAUCUAUAGGGCCCCUUCCAGCAGUUAUAAGAUGAUGAUGAUGAAUAGCUGGGGAAUUUAGGUGGACUGGAGUAGAACUCUGCAGUUUGAAGAUUAUUACUAUAUGGCAUGUGAGAAGUUGACUUCCCUGGUGGCAUGUCUCGUUUUGAGCGAUAUUCUUGUGUUUGUGUGAAAACGGAAAGGCGAUCGGAAGCUUCUGGCGAAAGGAACCUGGUGAGAAGCCCCAUCAUUGGACUUUCCAUGAACAAACCCCCGAGCGAAAUAAACCAUGCCUCCAGGAAGGACAAAAAGCACCACAGAAAAUGUCACAGUUGUAACAGGAACAAGCAGGACGUUGUGCGGAUGGUGGGUUAGAAGCAUCAAAUGCAUCAGGGAUUAAUCAGGUAUUUCACAGGCAGUGGAUUCUUCUUCUGGAAGAGUCCUACACAAGGCUGUGUGGCGUUUGCUCAAAGGAUCGUUUGGCUUUCCCCGGUGCCCCCACCUGCAUCAUGGGAAUCAACCCUGUCAGUCAAAAAACCCAUCUCAACUCUGGGUGACAACCCCCCCCCCAUUUCUGGAUGUCCAGUGUGUGCCGGGAAUGGCCGGCUCCCGAAAUCUCCAUCAAACAUGCUGGCUGUUCUCCUUCAGUGCCAACUAAACCCUUUUGGGGGAGGGCCAAAAAGGGAGAGCCCCCCCCCCAGCUGCGAGGAUCGUCAUGAGAGCGAGUGAAAGAAGCCAGAGACCUCGUUGUGGGAAGAGAAGAAACAAACAGAGCCUUAAUUUCCACACUUUGGAUGCAUGGUUUCGGCUGCCAGUCUGGAUGUGUUGACCCGAAGCGGAGAGGGCUUGCAUUUGAGUAAAUGAGUCUCUUCAUCUCACUGUGUGGCACCCGGGAGAUAUAAAAACCAAGACAUUUCUUGACUAAUUUAUUUGGGGGUAGGGGUGGGUGGGGUUUGGACUUUUUUUUUUGCUUGGAACAGAAAAGAGAGGGGGGCCCACCCCAUCAGGGGUAAGGAAAAGUGGGGGGGGACCCUUCCAGCUGGAGAACCCCUGGUCUGUC